AUGGUAUUGGCAUUUGCCUCGAUCGCAAGUGCCUCAAUCGACUUCUCGAGUCUCCCAUCUCAUCCACGAUUGAUGUUCACCGAUGCCCGGGUUCAAGCGGUGCUUUCAAUGAACAAAACAGACUUGUACUACCAGAGUGUACUUGGAUAUCUGCAGAAGACGGCAAAUACUGCUAUCGCAACCCCCCUGUCGCUAUCCGCAUCAACCUCCUGGUCUAGCACCAUUCGGAUGAACGUCGGCGCGACGGCAGGCAUGUACCGGUUGACGAAUGACAGUGCCUACUCCGAUUGGGUUAUUGAGACAAUUCUGACGAUAGUUAACCUCUCCGACUGGAAUCCAUCGAAUUUCUUAAAUACGGCAGAUAUCACCAUGACGGUCUCUCUUGGCUACGACUGGGUGUAUGAUCAAUUGACUGAGACCCAGCGUGAGGCGAUAGAGACAGCGAUAUCUGAGAAGUCUUUCGUGCCAGCUCUCAACUCCUCGGUCAACUCGUGGAGUGAGCAUACCAAUAACUGGGCACAGGUGACGCAUGGGUGCUUGAUCAUUGGCACUCUAGCCAUAGGAGAUGUCAAGGCAACACUUGCAAACCAAAUCAUAGAUUUCUCCCUUCCGAAAUUAAACGUUUCCUUACAACAGUAUGCCCCAGAUGGCGGCUGGGUUGAAGGCUAUUCAUACGGAACAUAUGCAGGCAUAUUCCUGGGCCUGAUGAUGGGCUCGCUCGAUAGCGCACUCGGUAAUGACCUUGGCAUCUCAAGCCUUCCCGGGAUGAGCAACCUGGGCGCCUGGUUGACACAUGGAUUUGGACAAACGGGUGGAUUUAGCUGGGCCGACGGGGCAUGGACAUUUUCGAAUGCAAACAGUCUUUGGAGCGUCGGGUACUGGGCGACGCGGUUUAACCAGGCUGGCUGGUUGCAGGGAAUGCUGUCGAGAUUCACAGCUGUUCAAGCAGCAACUUUCCAGGCAUAUCUUUUCUACAGCACCACGCUGAAUACCACAAAUAUGGCUGGUUCUACGGGUUCAUGGGGGGGGUUCAACGGACGCUCUCAUGGUCAUUUGGAUGCAGGCUCCUUUGUGGUAGACUACAAGGGCUACCGAUGGGCCGAGCUUUUGGGGUCCGAUAGUUACAGUCUCAGCAAUUACUUCGCUGCGCCAAAACGCUGGACAUACUACCGUUGCCGCUCCGAGGGCGCGAAUACUCUGAGCAUUUCGGACAAGGCUCAGACUGCACUGCAUUUCGCAAACCAGAUUCCUUCCGCGAACAACUCUCUUCUUUGGGCGGGUAGUUUUGAUUCAUCUAGUCGAUUUGGCAUCGCAAACCUCACAGAAGCAUAUUCCAAUGUCACAAGCAGCGUCCUUCGCGGAGUGGUAGUUCUCAAUGACUCGCAGCUUCUGGUCCGAGACGAGAUUAUCGCGCCCGGUGCAGUGGACAUAGCUGCUAGCUGGCAUACAACUGCAGAUAUAACUCUAGGUACGGAUAAUCGAACUGCGACUUUAACCCGGGGUGAUAUUAAGAUGGAGCUCAAGAUACUGCGACCGUCAAAUGCGUAUCUUGAACUUGUCGACACAAAUCCUUGCAAUGCCUAUAGCGGGUGUUCUGAGAUGACCAACAGCGGGAUAUACAAUGUUGCAGUCCGUCUGUCUGAGCUGACCACCGAAGCUACUAUUCUCCUAGCCCUGACAGAGAGCGGUACCUCUCUUGAGGACUUUGAUACUCCGCUCAAGUCUUGGUAUUCUUUGUGCACUGUGGAUUGCUGGAAGGGAGGAAACGUGGGGGAUCCGUAUUGGCUAGAGAAUUCCGAAGUAUAUUACUAG